AUGCACAACUACUUCCAGGUUGGUUCUUUCUCCGGUGAUAAAGCGAGUCUGCCACGACUCUGGUCGUGUCUGUCCAAGCCAUCCGAGGAACCACCCAUUGCGCAUACCCACCACUCAACCGGUUCCUCCGAGUCCUUUGUGAUGAUGGAGCAGGAGGACGGCUGUGUGAAAAUGGAGGAUGAACAAUCCAGCCUGCCAACCCCACCCCAUUCCUUGAUGCAACACGACUCCGAUGAGAUGGAGCUUGGGACGAGUCCCGGAGUCUCCUCUAUCUUGACCACCCUGAAGAAAUAUCUCGUGCCACCCACCAUCACCCCUCCCGAUGAGAGCCCCUCUUGUCGUCAAACCUCACACCCAGUUUCCAGCAUCUCUGACGAUCCUGUUCUUGCCACCCACCUCUCCAACCCCUCCCUCCCUCCCUCCUCGGAUGAUGGUUCCCUGACCGAUGCUCCCCUCCUGGACCAUGAGAAGCCGCAUGUUUCAGUGUCGUCCGAGAAUCUUGCCAAGCUAACUGGAACCGCACCCGAUGGGUUGCGUUUGAAGAACACGCCGCCCCUCACUCCCCGGGCCAUGUCCAACGAAGCCGCCCAGAAGUCCGUCACCUCGGCCCCGCAACAGCCCUCCCAGGAGACCCCCCCAGAGCCCCAACUUGAGUCCAAGUCGGACGACAUGGAAACCUCCACGGAUGAAAUCACCAUGAAGCUCGACGAGGCAUUCCCCUCCCAAUCCGCCUCAUCCCCGGCCAACGGCGCCCCCACAGGCCCCAUCAAUGGUAAAUUGUUCGUGAAGAUCACCGACGGCCGAGGCCUGCGACCGAGUUUCGAUCCGUAUGUGGUGUGUGUGUUUGAGUGGAAUGAGUAUAUCUCCAAGGGCGCGCGCGACGGCGAGGAGGAAACGAAACGGCGCCAGCAGGAGUCAGAUGCCGAGGAGGCUGCUGGUCGGCCCAUGGCCAUUCCCUUGAAGUCCCGGUCGAGCAGUCAAAACACGAUCGCGGAGGGUGACCACAAGGGUCGGACCCCCGUGACCGAUCCUCACUGGGAUCACGAGGCUACCUUUGAUGUUAUGGGAGAUCAGUCGGAACUUGAUGUCACGGUGUAUGACCGAAAUAACCAAGAAGCUUUCUUGGGCCACGUUCGACUUUGUAUCAACCUCAAGGAAGACCACAGUCGACUUGAAGGCUGGUUCCCCUUGGUUGCUCGCGGUGUCGGCGAUAACCAAGUCUCUGGCGAGAUCCAUCUCGAGAUGAACUUCGAAAAAACCGAUCGGAAACAGGUCGGGCCCAACGAUUUCCUCAUCCUCAAACUCAUCGGCAAGGGCACUUUCGGUCAGGUCUAUCAAUGGUACACACACUCGGCGAGCGCAAUAUCCUGGUUCGCACUGCCAUGA